AUGGGCAAAUCAUUUCACAAAGUUACUGUAUGCAUCGCUGGAAAUUUUGGUGCUCAGAAUGACAAGAUCAAACAAUGGGUGGAAGUGAAUGGUGGAACUUUUUCAAAGAAGGUGACUGCCGACGUGACCCAUUUGAUUGCCACCGAGCCUGCAGUUCGCAAGAACGUCCCGGAAGUGCGUGCUGCUAAGCGGAUCAAGGGUAUAAAAAUCGUAUCUUAUGAAUGGCUUGAGGACUCCCUUUUAUCGAAAUCAAAGCGCCCGAAGCGAGAAGCGCCGUAUCUAUUGACAGCCAAGAUGGAAGCUGGAAGGAAAAAGGCACGGGCGCAAAAAAAUAAGGGUAAAGACGGUAAUACUACGAGGCAACUUUCUGAAUUGGAUGGAUACCACCCUUAUACUGAUAAUACCGGGCAUCGCUAUUCUGCAAUACUUGUCCGUCCUGGGCCUCUUCCUAGGCGCAAGGAGAGACACGUCCUCAAGAUCUUCGAGUCCGAUUCGGUCCCUCACACAUACGCAACUCUUGUCAAGUACACGCGGAUUGGUAGAAGUGCUUCUGAUUUUCUGGCUCCGCCGGGCAGUACCUUCGACGUGGCGGUUCGUGCUUUUAAUAAAUUUUUCAAAGCUAAGUCUGGAAUAAACUGGGACCAAAGAGAUAGAAAGCCUCCUCUUAAGACAACGGAGGAGGGCGCUAAAGUUCCACCGGACGAGGGCUGGUUUGAAUAUAUGCCGGAAAAGUCGUCCUCUACUGCAGCCCCUAAAUAUGACGAGGAAACAGCGACUGCCGCCACAGUCGCGAUGUUACAGGAUGCUAUCAACGAAAUGGAGUCAAGUGAGGCCCGUGGACUUGUUACUGGUGAUCCAUGA